CGCCCCGCCCACCCAGCGGCAACACGUGUUGUUGUGUGUUUGCAGCAUGGCCUCGUCCGCGAAGAAGAGAGCAAUAGGUUUGGGUGAAAACCCCGCGGAUAGUGACGACAGCUCCGAUGAGAAUCCCGAGGACGACGAUGAAUCCGGAGAGGAGGACAGCGAGGCGUCAGAGGAGGAGAUCAAUGAGGAGGUCAUUGUGGAUUUUGAAGCCCACACCAUUCUAAGCAGUGACUACAAUGGCAUCAAGAAGCUCUUGCAACAGGUGUUUCUGAAAGCGCAUGUAAACACAGCAGAGAUGACAGACCUCAUCAUUCAACAGAGUCAUGUUGGAAGCGUCAUCAAGCAAGCCGAGGUGCCAGAGGACAGUGAUGACGACGACCCGGAUGAAGUGUUUGGCUUCAUCUCCAUGCUGAACCUUACAGAGAGAAAGGAUGUGCAGUGUGUGGAGGAAGUGAAGGAGCUGAUCGUGGACCAGUGUGAGAAGAACUCCACCCCCAGCAUGACAGAACAGCUGGAGCAGAUCCUCAGCGAUACCAGCAAGCCUGUUGGUCUACUGCUGAGUGAACGCUUCAUCAACGUGCCCCCACAGAUCGCCCUCCCGCUUCACAAACAGCUCCAGGAUGAAAUAGCUGAAGCUCAGAGGACAAACAAGCCAAGUGGGAGAUGCCACUACUGUCUGAUGAUCAGCAAAACCUGCAAAGAGACGAGCAAGAAUAUUCCAGCCAGAGGAGGAGCUCCCAAAGAUGAAUACAUGUUUGUCAAUGCAGAAGAGGAAUUCUUUUAUGAGCAAGCCAUCAUGAAGUUCCACUACUCGGUCCAGGAUGAAACAGACUCCUGUUUAAGCGGCAGGUGGUCGUUCGAUGACGUCCCCAUGAAACCUUUCAGAACGGUGAUGCUGAUACCGCAGACAGAAUGUCCGCUAUCAUGGACAAACUCAAAGAAUACUUAACUGUGUAAACCUCACCAUCUCUGUACACCAUGAAUAUUCUUCAGUAUGCUAACAAGAGACUUUAAAUAUAUUCUCAGGAAAGGCAGUGUCAGUAUCGUGAUACAGCUUUUACAAACGUGUGCUUCACUUUAAGAUCCAGCGUAGAAGAAAAUGGACAUAUCACUGAUAAAGCCAAAUUAUACAGCGAUUAAGAUCAUGUGAAUAUAAAUACAAAUCCAGCACUAGCUUGUGCUUUUUUUUUCUUACAAGAUUCUUUCUAACAAGAUUAUAAACUACAACCGUUGAAUAUGAUGCACCUUUUGUAUUAAUGUCAACAGCUCAGAGUUCAGCCACAUUUGUCACACAGCAGCUCCAGUUCUCUCUGAGGACAUCGCCCGGUGGAAAGCCGGUUUCACACGUUUGUCCAUAACCUGAGCAGAAAGCAGUCUUUUGUGUAGUAAAAGAGCAAAACAUGGAUAGAACUGUCAAGAAUUUCUGUAGAUGCCCUGCCACUGACUAUUAAUAAACACAAUUCUUUGCAA